AUGUCUGCGCAAAGCAUCCUUUCCAACAUUUUUCCCCACCAGGAUCUCGGCCCAAUCCCGGCCGUACGCAUAGUCAUUCUGAUAGCAGUGUCCACCGCACUCUAUGGCUUGCUAACCACCCUCUACAACCUAUUUCUGCAUCCGCUCCGAAGUGUUCCUGGUCCGUUUCUCGCAAGGGUUAGCUGUAUCGCGAUAUGUAGCCCACUAUGGAACACGUACAUAGCACUCACGGCCCAACAGCCUUUUAGGAUCAAGGAAGCCCAUGAACGAUAUGGGCCCAUCAUCCGCAUCGGUCCCAAUGAGCUACACUUCGCCUCCCCAACGGCAAUGACGAAGAUCUAUGCGCAAGGGAAAGGCGCUCCGUUGAAAGCGGGAUUCUAUAGCCACGCUAUUCCAAUCAAGGAACAACACAGUUUCAGUAUGGUCGACAAACAUCAGCAUCUGGCUCGCAAAAAGCUGAUUUCGAGGUUUUUCUCGCCGUCGCAUCAGGCCAAAUUUUUGGAAGGUGUCAAGGAACUCUCAAUCGAUUUGAACAGGCUUUUAGCUAGAAAAGCAAGUGAAAGUGUUGACAAUGUUGUGGAUGUUUAUCAUCUGCUGAACAUGUUUACAUUCGAGUCUGUGUAUCUGCUUAGUUUUGAAGAGCCUUUGAGGAUGAUGAAAACAGGUGAAGAACACCGCUUGAUGCAUUUGGCGAAUCGAACGGCGGCUUCACUGGUUAUAGCUGUCAUCCUUCCCUUUACCAGACAAUUCCUAUACCGAAUUCCUGGUCGCAUGUUCGAUGACUUCCGGGCUGUUCAUGAGUGGAAGCAGUACUACAUUGACCGGAUGAGAGCAUUGACCAAAUCCUCUCAAUCUCCAUUCUUGUCCCAGCUACUGAAUACCACCUCCGAGGAGCACAAUCGGCCGCUAAAUGAAUCAGAGGCGGCUGAGGAGCUGAUAGCUUUGAUGUUCGCUGGUUCAGAGACAGUUGGAGUCACCAUGAACUGGCUGCUUUGGGAGCUCGCGCAUCACCCUGAAGUUCAGGAGAAACUCUUCAAGGAAAUUUGCGAGGUUAUGCCGAGUCCUACAUCCUCUGUGCCAUAUGACGAGCUUGCCAAUCUGCCCUUCCUCAGAGCUGUCAUCAAGGAGACCCUACGGGUUCAUACCGCUAUCUUGGGGCCUUUUCCCAGAGUCGCGGUUGAAGAUAUGGUUAUUGAAGGGCAGGCUGUUCCGAAAGGGUCGGUCGUGAACAUGUGCACCUACGUGACACACCGAGACCCGAAUUAUUUCCCGGACCCUGAGCGCUGGGUACCUUCACGGUGGAUUGAUGGGGAUGCGGGCGCAAUGAAGGUGGCCUUUGCACCUUUUAGUACCGGACCCCGAUUUGGUGCCAACGAUACCCCAACUUUGAAGCAUCAAUCAACAGACAAAGCAUGUAUGCUGCGUGAGGCUCCACUAAGUCAAAUUCCGACUCAGAUUUCUGAUAAGCUCGGUCAUAUUAUCCUGUUCGCCGACUCCUACUAUCACCAGUAA